ACCCAAGGAGUCCGCAGACAGAGAGACGUGGUCACUCUCUGAAAGGUUCAGCUCCAGAGACAAAAUGCAGUGGGCCCCUGUCCUGCUUCUGGCAGGGCUCUGCUCCCUCUCCUGGGCCCAGUAUGAUGAAGACCCCCACUGGUGGUUCCACUACCUCCGCAGCCAGCAGUCCACCUACUACGAUCCCUAUGACCCUUACCCUUAUGAGCCUUAUGAGCCUUACCCCUACGGUGUAGAGGAGGGUCCAGCCUAUGCCUAUGGCUCUCCAUCCCCACCAGAUCCCCGAGACUGCCCUCAGGAGUGUGACUGCCCGCCCAAUUUCCCCACGGCCAUGUACUGUGACAACCGCAACCUCAAGUACCUGCCCUUUGUCCCUUCCCGCAUGAAGUAUGUCUACUUCCAGAACAAUAAGAUCUCAUCCAUCCAGGAAAGUGUCUUUGACAAUGCCACGGGUCUGCUCUGGAUCGCUCUUCAUGGCAACCAGAUCACCAGUGAAAAGGUGGGCAGGAAGGUCUUCUCUAAGCUAAGGCACCUGGAGAGGCUGUACCUGGACCACAACAACCUGACCAGAAUGCCUGGCCCACUGCCUCGAUCCCUGAGGGAACUCCACCUCGACCACAACCAGAUCUCGCGGGUCCCCAACAAUGCUCUGGAGGGGCUUGAGAACCUCACAGCCUUGUACCUUCAACACAACGAGAUCCAGGAAGUGGGGAGUGCGAUGAGGGGUCUCCGGUCACUGAUCUUGCUGGACCUGAGUUACAACCACCUUCGGAGGGUGCCUGACGGACUGCCCUCAGCACUUGAGCAGCUGUAUCUGGAGCACAACAAUGUUUAUUCUGUCCCUGACAGCUAUUUCCGGGGGUCACCCAAACUGCUAUAUGUGCGGUUGUCCCACAACAGUCUCACCAACAAUGGCCUGGCCUCCAACACUUUCAAUUCCAGCAGCCUCCUUGAGCUCGACCUUUCCUACAACCAGCUGCAGAAAAUUCCCCCAGUCAACACCAAUCUGGAGAACCUCUACCUCCAAGGCAAUAGGAUCAAUGAGUUCUCCAUCAGCAGUUUCUGCACCGUGGUGGACGUCAUGAACUUCUCAAAGCUGCAGGUGCUGCGCCUGGACGGUAACGAGAUCCAGCGCAACGCAAUGCCGGAGGACGCGCCCCUCUGCCUGCGCCUGGCCAGCCUCAUCGAGAUCUGA